AUGAUUCUUAUAAAAAGUAUAUUCAUCAUCGUUUUUACAACCCGCACCGAAGAACGACAGAAAAAUACUAACAUUGUCUUCGCUUCCAUUGCAAUCAAUGAUUUGGUAAAAGGUGUCGUCUUGCUCUAUUAUCAAGUUGCAACAAUUCCUUUCUACAAGCCCAACGCUCUGUGGAACAAUACAUCUGACAGUUUUUUAUUCGGUGCCUGUUAUGGAAAUGUUAUUUUAUCUUUCCUCCAUUUGGCUGUACUAACUCUGGAUCGCUAUGUGUAUAUACUUCAUCAAUUUUUCUACAUGAAACAUGUAACAAAACGACGGAUCUAUCUUGUACUGCUUUGUAUUUGGAUUAUAGGUCUCAUUUAUAUAGUUAUCCCUAUUUUUGUGUAUGCAGACGAGAAAUACCACGAGAGAUGCAUGAUUCUCCACCCACCAGUUGAGUAUUUCUGUUUAUCUUCAUGUGUAUAUGUUUUUAUGCUGAUAGUAGUUUUCAUUUGCUGUUUAAACAUUGCUUGUUUAGCUUUCAAACGCAGAAAAGCUGCCAAUAAUCGAAGAAGGACUGCAACCGACAUCUUGGAUAGUACAAUAUUUAGAAGUAAUCGAUCAUCAGCA